GAAGAAAAGCUCCCCGUGAAAAGUGUCGUUGUGUGCUUCCUGCAGCUCGGCCCCUUGUGCACUUCUCCGGUACCAUGGCUUUUCACCAGCAGACCCCGUUUCACACACCAAGAAUCCCCUUCACUGGGUCGAUCCAUGGGGGUCUGCAGGAGGGGAAGUCCAUCAGCAUCACUGGACGAGUCCUGCCUGGAGCCGAUAGGUUCAAUGUGAAUUUACAGUGUGGUUCCGGGAACAAUGCAGACAUCGCUCUCCACAUCAACCCCCGGUAUGACAGCCACCCGGGUUAUGUGGUUACCAACACCUUACAGAAGGGCAACUGGGGCAGUGAAGAGAGGAAGCUCAACUCUCCGUUCCCUGCGGGCUCUGCCUUCAGCCUCAGCAUCACUGUCUCCCGGGAUUCCUACCAGCUGAACGUCAAUGGCUGCAACUUCAUGGAGUACAGACACCGUAUGCCAUUUCACCAGGUGGACACCAUCACAGUAGCUGGGAAUGUAGAAAUCUCCUCGAUUGCCUUCCAGAACUCAAUGUUCCCUGGACAGCCGGCAUUUCCUGCUCAGCCUGCGUUUGCUUCACACGUAGCCUAUCCAACCAAUGCUGCCUUCCCUUCUUUUUCGGCGGGUCCACCGCAGCAUGGAUUUCCCUUCCAGCCUGGAUUUCCUUCGCAGCCUGGAUUUCCCUCCCAGCCUGGAUUUCCCUCCCAGUCUGGAUUCCCCGCCCAGCCUGGAUUCCCCGCCCAGCCUGGAUGUCCUCCUGCAAUGCCUGCUGUUCCAUAUAAGAGCCCCAUCAGGGGUGGACUUCAACCUGGCAAGACCGUCACUAUCCAGGGGACUGUUCUCCCAAAUGCCACAAGAUUCACUGUGAAUCUGAGCCAUCGCUCUGGCAUCGCUCUGCAUUACAAUCCACGUUUCAACGAGAACUGUGUGGUUCGAAACUCCAAACGGGGGGAGCAGUGGGACGCUGAGGAACGUGAUGGAACGAUGCCCUUCGCCCGGAGGAAGAAGUUCACGCUGACUAUCUGUUGUGAGAGUCACUCCUUCAGGAUUCUGGUCAAUGGGAUGCACAGGCACACCUAUAAUCAUCGAUUCACUCCUCUUAAAAACAUCACCUCCCUGGAGAUCGAUGGAGACAUCAGCCUGACCUCGGUGAUGGUGUAGACGUCCAGCACCUCUGGCUGCUCUUGAUAGUUGUAUCCACAACAUGCUUUCUCUGACAAUAAGCAUUGCCUUCAUAAUUAAUCCAUACUAAUUAUCUACAUACUAUUAAUAAUCAUUGAAAUGUUUAUACUAUGACAUGCUAUACUCCUGAAACAUUAAAAGGGAAAUCCACCAAAAAUGAUCAGAUCAAGUUUGACCAUUAGCAUUCUGUGUAAUGUAGGCAGAUAGUCUUUGAGGUGAGGGGGACAGGCCCAGUAAAACUGCCAAUCACAACACACUGAAUGCAGCGGACAACAGAAGGAUGUCCAAUGCUGGAAAUUCAAGUCUCUAAAAAAGGAAUGGUGUUGGAAAUACAAUUGCAUCUUAACUGUGUAAUCAUUCAUGUUUGAAACACAUUGAACAUUGAAAUUAAAGUAUAAUGUGAAAAAAUG